AUGAUAGUUGCACCAAAUCCAGUUAAAUCUGAAAACGUAAAAUUGAUGCUUUCUGAUGCGGCCGCUUAUAUGAUCAAGGCUGGAAAAGCUUUACUGGUAUUUUACCCGGAAUUAAUAUAUUUCACCUGUAUGGCUCAUGCAUUGAAUAGAUUAGCCGAAUUAGUACGUGCAGAAUAUCCUUCUGUUAAUAAUUUAGUUAAUAACGGAAAAAAUGUCUUUUUAAAAGCUCCCUUAAGGGUAGAAUUUUACAAAGAAAUGGCUCCUGGCUUGCCCUUACCACCUGAGGCUGUUAUUACAAGAUGGGGUACAUGGCUCAAUGCUGCCUUGUUUUAUGCAGAUAAUUUCGUAAAGAUCAAAGAAAGUUUUCUUUCGCUUGACGCUGAUUCUAUAGCACUUAGAUCUUGUAAGGAAUCGAUACUGGAGUCAAACAUUUUCGAAGACUUAGCCUUUAUUAAAGCUCAUUUUUUCAUGUUAGCAAAAGCAAUAACGGAGCUGGAAACUGCCCAGUUGUCAUUAAACGACUCUUUAAAAUUAGGGUUAAAUGAGAAAGUGUUUUAUCUCGCAAUCCUGGAUACCAACAAAUAA